AUGUUGGAAUCCACCAACACGAGUGGAAAUGGGCAGCGAUUUCUUUGUGGCGCUUGGCUUUCCCCCAAGGCACCGCAGAGGAAUCAUGCCUUGCAAAUACCAAAGUUAAAGUUUGAUCGGGUAGAAAUGUCUACAAAAAUAAGGGACAUCGUAGAACAGCUGAAACCUGUAUGUGCCAUGGUCUCCACCAUUCUUAAUCUGGAGCUGCUGGGCUCGAGUCGUACCCCUGGACAAGAGGCUGUAAUAAACAGAGCCAAAACCACCCCAGAAAUCAUAGAGCCUAAAUUAUACGGCAGGGAUAUCCAAAACCAAAUUAUUGUGGAUGAAAUUGAUAAGGGUGAAUGUCGUGAACUUACUGUGCUUCCAAUUGUUGGCCCGGGGGGUAUUGGAAAGACAACUUUCACACAACACAUAUAUGAACAGAUGAAGAGCCAUUUCCAGGUUUCCAUUUGGGUAUGUGUCUCAUUCGACUUUAAUGCGAAUAGGCUGACAAAAGAUAUUGUGAAAAAGAUCCCCAAAGUUAACAAUGAAAAGAAUUGUAGUGACGAAGAACGUAUCAUGCAAAGAAUAAAAGGAAAAAGGGUUUUACUCGUCUUAGAUGAUGUGUGGACACAUCAUGAGAAUGAGCGGGAAAAACUAUUAAAUUUGUUUAAGAAAGACAGGGCAAAAGGUAACAUGGUUAUAGUCACGACUCGAAUACCCGAGGUAGCAAACCUGGUUAAGACAACUGAAUGCUCACUAGAAUUGGGCAGAUUAUGUCAAAAAGAUAUUAAGUCUUUCUUUGAAGAAUGUGUGUUUGGUGACCAAAAAUCAUGGGUUAACCAUCCAAAAUUGUCCGAAGUUGGCAGCAAAAUAGUGAACAAGCUGAAAGGUUCCCCUCUUGCGGCAAAAACUGUUGGUAGAUUACUAAGAAACAAACUUACAUUGAAACACUGGACAGGCGUUCUGGAAAGUAAAGAAUGGGAAUCGGAAAGCAAUGAAAAUGAUAUUAUGCCAGCUUUAAAGCUCAGCUAUGAUCAUCUUCCUUUCCAUUUACAACAAUGUUUCUCUUUUUGCGGUUUGUUUCCUGAAGAUUAUGAAUUUGGUAGCAAAGAGUUGGUUCACUUUUGGAUUGGACUAGAUAUUUUACAUUCACGUGACCAGAAGAGAAAAAGACUUGAAGAUGUUGGACUGUGCUAUUUAACAGACUUGGUAAAUCAUGGAUUUUUCAAAAUUAAUAAAAAGGAAGAUGGACAUCCUUAUUAUGGCAUCCAUGACUUACUGCAUGAGUUGGCAGUGAAGGUUUCAUCGUAUGAAUGUCUUAGCAUCUAUAGUUCUAGCAUGAGGCACAUAGAAAUCCCCCCGUGUGUACGUCACUUGUCUAUAACCAUAGAUGACACGGAUGUAAAGGAUAGGAUGUCUUUCGAAGACCUCGAUGGAAAUUUACGUGCCCUAGAUAAGCGGCUGAAAGUUGAACACCUACGUACUUUAAUGUUAUUUGGUGAUUACCAUGGAAGCUUUACCAAAACUUUAGGUGGAUUGUUUAAGGAAGCUACAGCCCUUCGCGUCAUAUUUUUGUCCGAAGCAUCGUAUAAUUUGGAGGACAUAUUGCAGAACUUUUCAAAACUUGUCCAUCUUCGCUACCUAAGGAUCAAGUCGGGAUAUGACUUGUGCUUACCAAAUGCGCUAGUUAGAUUGUAUCAUUUGGAGGUCGUUGAUCUACAAAAUGUGGUGCAUUGUGUUUUUUCAACUAAACAUAUGAGAAACCUUGUGAAAUUGCGUCAUUUUCUUGUGCCAGAAGAAAAACUUCAGUUCCAUUCUGACAUUUAUGGGGUGGGAAAACUAAAAUUCCUCCAGGAGUUAGGAUUAUUUAGAGUGGGAAAGGAGAGUAAUGGUUAUGAACUGAGCCAGCUAGGGCCAUUGGCAGAGAUUGGAGGAUCACUUCACAUUUAUAAUCUCGAAAAUGUGCAAACCAAAGAGGAAGCGAACGAAUCCAAACUGUUGCACAAGAACCACUUAAGAAGACUUGUAUUAGGAUGGAAUGUUAGGCGACCUAACAAGGAUCCUGUAAAGGAACAAAAUGUUCUUGGAAGUCUUGUACCACAUAGCAAUCUUGAGGAGUUGUACAUUAGUGGGCAUGGGGGCACUAAAUGCCCAAAAUGGCUAUGUGAGAAUCUCUCGGUUAAAUGUUUGGAAACUCUUUGUCUGGAUGGUGUGUGUUGGAGAAACCUUCCACCUUUAGGAGAGAUUUGGACGGUUGAUGAGCUUGGUAAAGAGUAUCAGGGUUGUAGUAUCACACCUGCAGGCUUUGAUAAUCUAAAAACGCUACGGUUAAGUGGCAUAUCUAGUCUAAAAAGAUGGGUUGGAAAUGGCCCUUGUUCUCUCUUUUCUCACUUGGAAGUGCUCGUCAUUAGAGGUUGCUCUGAACUCAUCGAGUUGCCGUUCUCACAUCCUCCUACUUGUUGUGAAGCACAGCGGGAGGAGAAAAUGUCUUGGUUUCCUAGACUAGAGAAGCUUGUCAUUGCAGACUGCCCGAAACUAGAGUCGUUGCCUCCUAUCCCUUGGCGGACUCAUGCACCGCGCUCUGCUGAUAUAAAACAAACGGGAUCAGUUGAGCACCUGUUGUAUGGGUACUAUGAGGAAUCGGGGUUAAGAUUGAGCAUUGAGGGAAAGGGUGGUCGGGCUGACGUGUUGUGGAGUGUGUUGAAUUUCUCCAACUUGACUGAUCUACGAGAGUUGUGUAUGAAAAAGAUGCCUCCCCUGCCGCUGGAUGACUUCCAGGUGCUAACAUCUCUGAAGAGGAUUGAGAUAAAGGGUGUGAGCAGCAGCGUCUUGCUGCCGGUUGAAGGUGACCUGUGUCAUGGCGCAUACCAGUUUCCAGUCGAAGAAGUCGAGAUCAGAAGGUGUGAAACUAUUUGGAAAGAAUUGACGCUGCUGCUCUCUUUCUUUCCCAACCUCUCAAGUGGUGUGAAGCACGUGGAGACGAUGCAAGCCUUCUCAAACCUCACCUCUCUCACCAGAUUAGACUUGGAUACACAGGGGGAGGGGGGUCCAAGAGCCGAGGGCUUAUGGCCUCUCCUCGCCAACGGCAGCCUCACAUCAUUAAAUAUCCGUGCUGACUCUGAUCUCUUCCUUGGUUCCCAUCCAGCAAGGCCGCAUGACAAAGAGGUUUUUUCCCGGUCCUGCAAGCUCUUCCAUCUGAAUAUUAACAUCUGCUCAGGAGUCCUUGCUGGGCCCAUCUGCAGCCUCCUCUCUUCCACUUCCACCCUCACCAAGUUGGACCUCAGAUUCGACGCGGAGGUGGAGCACUUGACAGAGGAGCAAGAGGAGGCCCUUCAGCUCCUCACUUCCCUCCAGGAGCUCUUUUUUUUUCGAUGGAGACAAGCUGCAGCGCCUCCCUGCAGGGCUACACAACCUUAA